GUACGAAGAAUAUAGUCUUCCUUUUCUUUAACUGAAUAGAGAAUAAAGGUUGCAGCAUCUAGUUCCUCAUGAUAAGUGAUCAUAAUUCAAAGACUUACCUAAAUCUUAUAUUAAACGCAACCGAAAGAUUCUCCUUCCUUCACUGUCUUUGGCUGCCAAACAGGCGCGGUUUAAGAAUGAUUUUGCUUCAGCAUAGUUUCACAUUCACUAUAUCAAGGUCACAUUCAGGUCCUUGGAAAAACUAGAAUGAAAAACAUGAUGUGGAAUAGCGUUUAUCAGCAAAACCAAGAUAAUGAUAUUGCUAUGUACACUAGCACAAAACAAGAGUUGCUUAAUGUGGAACUGCAGUCUAUUAUAUCCGCUAAUCACGGAUUAAAGGAUGGUGAUGAAGGAAAAGUCAAAGAAAAAACAUUGAUUAACAAUUCACCUGGGAGCCUUUCAGGAAAUGGAAAUGGAUCAGUUUACAUUAGUCUCUACAACUACAAUUACAGCAUACAAUAUCCUGCUACUACGUAUGGAACACCGGUUCGUCCCUAUUAUCCUUCAUUGAGGCCUCCUUCUGUAUUUAGUAACAAGAGGGCUGUGUUAUUUGGAAUCGGUUAUGCUAACACAGCGGCUCCGAGGAAGCUUAGAGGUUCUGCGAACAAUGCUAAGUGCAUGAAACAAUUUCUGAUUGACAAGUUGGGAUUUCCGAGCAGUUCCGUUUACAUGUUCACAGAUGAUUCAGAGGAGAAAAACACAAUCCCGACAAAAAGUAACAUGCGAAUGGCGAUGAAGUGGUUGGUCGAGGGCUGCAAACCAGGGGACUCGUUGGUGUUUUACUUCUGUGGACACGGAUCAAGGGUUAGAGAUCGUAAUAGAGAUGAGGCUGACGGGUACGAUGAAGCGAUAUGUCCAGUUGAUUAUGAGCAUGAAGGGAUGAUACUCGACGACGAAAUAAAUGCUACAAUUGUUAAGCCUCUACCUCAUGGUGCCAAACUUCACGCCCUUGUCGAUGCAUCCUUUAGCGGGACAAUUCUUGACUUACCGUUUGCGUGCAAGACGAACUGGUUUGGUUCUUAUGGAUGGAAAGAUCAAAGAAACCGGAGAUCUCGCUACAAAGGCACAAGAGGAGGGCUAGCAGUUUGUAUUUCAGCCUGCGACGACGAUGGAAAUGCAGCAAGCAAAUCGGCCUUGACUUACAGUUUCCUCCAAGUCAUGCAAGACGUACCGAAAUUGACAUACGGCCGCUUGCUCAACGCGAUGCUCUUUACAAUCCAUUGGGCUAAAGCCGGAAAGUAUGAGCUAAAAGGCCAAGAUCUUGCCAGGAACACUUGGCAACAACAGUAUACUCAUGAGCCGCAACUUUCGUCUUCCGAGAAGUUCGAUGGUCACACAUCUUCAACUCAAUCUCAUCAUCAACACAUUUCUCAGUUUCCUAAACAAAGCAUUCCCGGAAAGAUGGCAACCAGAAGAGGAAGAUGCAUUCAGUGUGGAAGAGAUAUACAACUAGAAGUGCAUCGCUAUGCCAAUUUCAUGGCCAUGAUGUGUUCUGCUUGCAACUCUCAAAUUUUCUCCCAGCAACCUAAUUACCCUUUUGUUAAUAACAACAGCAACUUUCUUCCUCCUCCGGCCGCCUAUGGGAGACGUCCGUCUUGGCGACGAAUACUGAUGGGCCCACAAGCUCCAAUGACACCACCUUCUCCAUAUGGUAACAAGAGGGCUGUCUUAUUUGGUAUUAACUAUGGUAAAGAUUCUCUCAAUGAUGUUCACAGCAUGAAGUACUUUCUAACUGAAAAGUUAGGUUUUCCUACUGAUUGCAUUCGCAUGCUCACAGAUGAACCAGGGGAGAGAAACCCGACGAGAAUUCCAACAAAAUAUAACAUGCGAAUGGCAAUGAAGUGGUUGGUUGAAGGCUGCCAAGCAGGGGACUCAUUGGUGCUUCACUACUCGCGACAUGGAUCAAGGCAAGUGGACCAUAUUAUAGAUGAAACUAUAUGCCCUGUUGAUUAUGAGCGCGAAGGGAAGAUUCAUGAUGACGAAAUCAAUGCUACAAUUGUUAGUCCUCUACCUUAUGGUGCCAAACUUCAUGCUGUCACUGAUACAUGCUUUAGUGGCACAGUUCUUGAUUUACCAUUCAUGUGCAGGAUGAACAGUAAAGGUUAUUGUCAAUGGAAAGAUCAUAGAAGCCACAGAGCUGGUUACAAAGGCACAAGAGGUGGGCUAGCAGUUUUCAUUUCCGCUUAUGAUGAUGAUGAUGGAAGUGCAGCAGACACAUCGGCCUCUAGUGACAUGGAAAGUGCUGGUACAUUGACUUAUAGUUUCAUACAAGCCAUGCAAGAAGCCAUGCAACUUGAACGCAAACUGACUUACGGUCAACUUCUCAAUGCCAUGCGUUCUUCAAUUCGUGGCGCUAGAGAAGACAUGUUUGGCCCGAAUGAGCAACAGCAUGUCAUGGACGAUCGGCAGCAGUGUGGUCGUGAUCCACAACUGUCAUCUUCUGAGAAAUUCAAUAUUUAUUCAGAGAUUAUUGCAAUAUGAUGUGACACAUAACUCGGUGCAGGAUCCACAGUGCCCAAAUACCAGUACAAGUUGUUUGAACAUACAUUCAUUUGUCAAUAUACUAAUAAUAACUCUCAUUUUAUUUUAGGUAUAUUACCUUAAAUAGAUAAAUAAAUAAAUAAAAGGCUUGACUAUAGUUUGAUUCUAUAUUUUAAAAU